AUGGCAGCUCCUGUAGUAGCAUCGGCCAACGCUCAUGACCCAUGGCUCAUUGCCAAGAACCGCUUCAUCGAUCAACUUGAUCCUGCUGAGAGGGCACUGUUCAAUGAGGCUACACCAGAAAAUCUUUACUACAAAUCUAGCAAUAUUCAGAAAGCCGAUCAGAGAAAUAGCAAAACUCGAGCGAUUUUGAAGUCUCUCGAGCCUUUGACGAAAUCCAUCCAAGAUUAUGGUGCGGCGAUGGAUACUGUCACCAAUAUUGCCCCAUUAUACCUUGCUCCAAUAUGGGGAAGUAUUCGUGUUAUACUUGUCCUGGCUAGCAGCCACGGAAAGUUCUAUGAUCGAAUAAUAGACACUUUUGCUCGCGUGGGAGAUAUACUUCCACGAUUGCGCGAAUAUCAAGCAAUUUUUGACCAGGAAAAACACCCGAAGUUUACGCAAACUCUGUCAGCAGCGUAUCUCGACAUAAUUGUGCUUUGUUCAAAUUUCAAGAAUAUAUUGACCGGGCAAAAAUCCUCCUUCAUCAAGCGUUUAAGGUCUCCCUUGUCUACAUCUCUUGGAGCGCAACUUGAUAAUGCUGUGCAAACAUUUAGAGAGCACCGUAAAGCGGUUGAGAGUGAAGCUAAGAUGUGCCAUUACAUCGAAGCGAAGGAGUCUAGAGAACUUGAAUUGAGAGAAAGAAUGCGGAGCAAAGAACAAGAACGAAGAGACAGACUACGAAGGAUCAUCUCCCAGAUGGCCACCGUUGAUUGCAGAAACAAGCAUCGUCGACUGCAGAAGGUACGGUAUCAUGGAACCGGGAGCUGGCUAGCCGGUAUGGCCGACUUCAGUAAUUGGAAAACCCAGCAAAAGUCUUCUGUCAUGUCAUGUUAUGGCAUUCCUGGAUCCGGCAAAUCGGUCUUAGUUUCGAGCCUUAUAGACGGUUCCAAAAUGGUAUUUCCUGCCGAUACUGCCAUUUCCUAUUAUUAUUGCGACUAUGCCGAUAAGAGAACACUUUCGCCGAGUGGUAUUUUUAGUUUCAUCUCUCAGAAGUUAUUUCGUGACAUGAAUGAAAUCCCCGAAGCUUUGAUAGCUAUCAUUGAGGCUGAAUAUACAGAUGAAGCCACGUCACUUAGCCUUGAUCAAACAGUCGCUUUGCUGAUAAAGGCGAUAGAUGAGCUUUCAAGUGUGGCUAUUUUUAUUGAUGGUCUAGACGAAUUGCCUGAGUCCGAUCGGAAGCUUACUUUCUCAAUCUUGAAAAAGAUCCUCAAUGAGGCAACAUCGCCAGUCAAAUUAUUUAUCUCCAGUCGCGAGGAUGUUACUUAUCUUUUCCAAUCUUUAUCCGGACUCACCACUUUCAAAGUGCACCUUCAAACUAAUUCUAUCUCUCCAGAUAUCGAGGCAUAUAUCAGACAUGCUAUCGAUGAACUAAUCACGUCUGGCGACUUAGUGCUGGGUGACUUGGCUCUAAAAAAAGAUAUUUUCAAUGUUCUCAGAGAUGGUGCGAAAGGAAUGUUUCUUUGGGCUCAGUUCCAGCUUGAGGAACUCUGUCGCAUGGAAACAGAUGCAACAAUAGUAAAAGCUCUACAGAAUCUUCCUCGAAAUCUUGAAGAAACUUAUGACCGACUUCUUGGACGGAUCAUCGAGAUCGAAAGGCGUGAAUUUGUGAAAAGGAUGUUUGACUGGAUUAUUUGUUCAUGCAGACCAUUGCACAUGGAUGAGCUCCGGGAGGCCAUAGCUUUCACUGUUGGCGAUAAAUCAUGGGAUGCUACGAAAAUACCCAAUGACCUUCGAAGAUUAAUUAGAGCUUGCGGAAAUCUUAUUGUGAUUGAUGAAGACACCCUAGAGGUGCAUCUUGCGCACUAUACAGUUGAACAGUAUAUACUACAUUCGCAAAAUUCCGAGUUGGCAUACUUUCACACCACAAGGGAAGCGUCAAACAGAGCACUGGGUGUAACAUGUGUGACUUAUUUAUCUUUCACUGAUCUCGAAGCACAAGUCACAGUAUACCACAAUACUAUCAGUCCAAAUAUGACGCUAUUACAGGACGCCGUUACCACCCAGUCUUUGAUACCGAGGGCUUCGCAGUCAUCAAACCUUCCGGUCAAAGUCGCCAAAGCCGCUUUAAAUUUUCGAAAAUUCAGUGAGAACAAUAAAAGUAAUAUCAAUUAUUCUCACUAUAUUCAAAAUCGAAAGCAUGGAAUGACCGACCAGCAGCUCGUCGACAAGUAUCGGCUGAUCGCUUACCUGAAAGAAAAUUGGCUUUCACACACUAAGGAUUUCACAGAAGAGAUUGGGAGCGAGAUAAGAGAAUUGUUCAAAAGCCUCCUCUUUAAUAAACAACUCACCUUCUCCGUCAAACCCUGGGAUAAGUUUUCUUCCGGUGAUUGUGCCAAGAUUGCACAGUUGUGCUGGGCGUUGGCCGAAAAACACCUGCCAUUACUGAACGAAGUCUUAGCAAAUGAUCAGAGAACUUCUGAUUACAUUAGUGAGGCAUGUCUGCUGUUCUGGAACUCCAUAGAAUAUCACGAAAUGGAUGAACGGCGAAGAGUAAUUGACUUAUCAAACCAAAGUCUCGAGAUAUUGGAAAAUCGUUCUCUCGAAGGAGUAUCGUCGAAAACGGACUGUCUUUUCUGGCUCUAUAGCCAGAUGAUAAUUGCGUGUCAACAAGGAAACAGCGAAAUCUUGCGACUAUGCGUUAAGUUUAUUGAUGAAACGAGCUUGCUGGCUUUCCCAGGUCUUGGUACCCAGUGUAAACAAUCGCUGACACUGAAGUCUCUUGUGUUCGCACAUCUUAGUCUCGAAGCAUCUAUUCAUGGCCAUUUGUAUCUCGUGCAGAAGUUGCAGACAGAUUUUCGCUCGCGAUUAUGGGCGGCUUAUGAAUUUGAAGGAUCAUAUUUCAACCCAUUGGAACGAGCAAUAAUGCUUCCAUACGAUGAAAUAACCGAUUACCUCAUAAUCAGAGACUGUCCAGUGUCAAACGGAGCCAAGCUUAAUGCUUUAGAGACCCACAACAUAAAAGCUAUUGUCGAGUCUGGUGACUCUACAACACUGGAACGUCUUGUAAAAUUUCUAAGAAAGCAUGAAUACGAUGUUGAUAUCUGCAAUAGCAGACCCUCAUAUUUUGGGACAUAUGAUGAGGAAUAUAGGUACGAAAUCUGGAGAUACAAACUAGAUGCGAUUAAAACCGCAGCUUCUCUCGGUCUCUGUGAUUCCCUUCAUAUAAUACUCAGUUGGGAACCGUUAAACUCCGAAACUGAUUUCUUUGCUGAAAGGCACGGGGCCUUUCUGACGGCCAUAGCUUGUUCACGCCUGAAAAUCAUAAAGUAUUUACUUUUGGUUGAUCACUAUAAAGAUCAGCGAUACUGGCUCCAGCCCGCAGCUCCUGAAAUGUACGGUUUGACGCAAGACUUCCAGCAUAUGUCUCUCGUGGAGUACGCUGUUGAAAACCGAGAGAUCUCCGAAAAAUUCAAAGUCUCUGUGCUAAACGCAGUUAGUUUUGCUGAGGAUUCCGGUUCAGUUUCACGCAUAACUAGCUCGGAAAAAUCUGAUUGGUCUUUGAUACAUGCAAUCACUGAAGGGAAGACCGAGGCGGUCAUCCGCCUCGGCGGCCGUAAGAAUUUUGACAGCAGAUACUCGGCUCGAAACCUGCCAAAGAUACCUCUUGUAAUUGAUGACUAUCUUUGGCCAGGUUGCCAGAGCGAUCCAUGGCACAAGGAAGCCACUCCAUUGGUAUGGGCUGUUAUCUAUAAUCGCCCCCAAGUGGUCGAAGUCCUCUUAUCGCAAGGAAUCUCAUACAAGGGUCUUAACACACUUGAAGUUGCCGCAACAUGCGCUGUUAUAAUGGAUUCUGUAGAAAUAUUCUCGCUACUAGAGGAAGUUCGAAUCUCUGAUUACGACCUGACAAUAGUUGCAUGGGGAUGCAGAUCAAAUUUCUUCGCAAAAGGCGAUCUAAUCGAUCGAGCUUUAGCACGGGGCAAGCAUCAUCAGCAAAAAUAUCAUCCCAAAGUUGCGCGCUAUAUAGAUUCUUGGGUUCUUUGGCAUUGGAGAGGCAAAAGCCCGGAUUCCACGGAAAUAUUACGGGAAAAUCUCAAGAGAGCAACACCCGAAGAGAGAAACGAAGUUUCAAUCGAAAACCGUUUUGAGUUGCCUGCAUCCAAUGAAGUAAUGAGCAUAAUUCCCAGCAAAAGAAUACAUUACCUUUCAGAACCCGGUUCCAGUCGGAUGAGAAAUUUUUCUUUUUAUCUGGAGGACCCAUAUGCAUUUUCACGGGAUGUAGUACGGCAAUCUAGCUUCCAAGAUGAACCAGGCUACACCAAAACGUCCGAUGGCGUUUCCAUCAUGUCUGAAUAUUCCCACAUUUAG